AUGAGAGGGAUGAGCUUUCUGGAUUACAGACAGUUCUUGCGUGACACGAGUAGGAAGGCGGAUUGUAUCCUCAUGUGCAAGUCGUCGAAGGGGAUUCUGAUUGAUGCUAAUGGAAAGUGGGAAGUGAAGUACUGCUCGAAAAAUCAUCAGCAUAAAUCCCAAUAUACUCUCGUCGGCUGGUUCGAUACCGAAGAAGAAGCUGUAAGAGCAUACAAUAAAACAGCUUUGCAACACGGUGAUGAAAGAGCCAUUGUUCGAAGUUUUUUCAAGAAAAAAACCGGCUAUGCUAGAGUAGCAAGUCCGACGAGAGAUGAUUCCGGUACGACGAUUGAGAAUACAGAAAGGACUUUAACUUUAGCCCAUCCAGCGUCCAACAAUUCCCACUCUUCGAAGGAGGAAGUGACGAGUGCAUCACAUCCAAGAGCGAGUUGCUGGGAGAGAGCAACAGAUGCCUCUCAACGUGAUGCUUCUGGAUCUAUGGAAGCUUGUGCUCGAGACGACAAGAAUGAUGAUACAGAAAUGCACGAUGCUUCUGUAAACGUUUCAGUUUUACCGCAACAAACGGAUGGUUCGAGCCUCUCAGACCCCGAUGAACUAGAGGAUGCACAUCUCCAAAUGCAAGAAGAAUGUCAGGGUCGUUCACAGUUCACGGAUGCUGAAAUCAAAUUAUUCAAUCUCUUCCCUGGAGGCACACCUCUGGAUUAUUCUCUGGAAGUCCCCACAUUCGAUUUCUUCCCUGCAGAGCCCCUCUCCACGGAUAACCAAGAUGUCAGUGGCUUAACACAUCUCAAAAGGGAAGGACCUUUUGAAAUUGAUCUCACUCUCUGAGAGGACUUCAGAAGAUGACCAUUCGAUACACAAAGUAUCAGUUGUUAUUAUCUUGGAAGGAACGAGUUCACAUAUUAGGAGGAGACGUACUUGUUCCGAGGCCAAAAACCACGGUAUAAUAAUUUAGUUUAGUUUAUAAUAGUUUAGUUUAGUUUAUAAUUUAGUACCAAUUACUUUUUUAAAAAUAAACAUUUGUGUAAAAAAUAAUUU